AUGACUGGUUCAGGAUCUCCAUGUGGUGCUUGCAAAUUUUUGAGAAGAAAAUGUGUAAGAGGAUGUGUAUUUGCACCAUAUUUUUGCCAUGAACGAGGUGCUACUCAUUUUGCAGCCAUACAUAAGGUGUUUGGAGCUAGCAAUGUUUCGAAACUUCUAGCUCAUUUACCUGUAAAUGAUCGUAGUGAAGCCGCCAUAACCAUUUCUUAUGAAGCUCAAGCUCGGCUUCAAGAUCCCAUUUAUGGAUGUGUUUCCCAUAUCUUUUCCUUACAACAACAGGUUGUAAACUUGCAAGCACAAUUAGUAGCUUUAAAGCAAUUACAAGCAGCUCAUCAAGGCAUAAUUAGUGGUAAUAAUUCAACCCAAAACCCUAAUUAUGAGAGAUAUUGUUCUAAUUACCCACAAGAUGUUCAAAGCUGGUUGCAAUCUGAGUACUCACAAAUGGUGCCUCCUUUUGAAUCAAAUUACUUCAAUUGUAGCUCGGAAUCUUCAACAAUUUAUGGAUCAAAUCAAAGCAAUCAUCAUGGUUUUGAUGCAAAUCAUGAUAGGAUUAACUCAAUGGCACUUCAAGAUGAUCAAGAUGUAUCUUUUGCUAGCUUUGAUGGUUCUUCUUCUCAUCAUUCAGCUUCCAUGGCUUCUCGAGAUUUCGAAAAUAAAUCGAAAUGGCCUUACCAUGAUACCGAUGAUCUUCAUUCUGUGGCUUUUGGCUAUCUCCAACAUUCAUGAUGGAAAGCAAGAUUUUUUUAGGAUAAGGAAAAUUCCCCAUA